CUUCGUAAUUUUGUAAAUUUUAGCACCAUUUCUUUGUUUUCCUUCAAAAUUAUGAAUGUACUGCGUCCAUAAUAGYCUGAAAGAAAYUGUAUAAGUAUGGCCUUGGAUAUCAAUGUUUGUUUGAAGGCUCUAUCGGCGUCAUUUUGUCAGUAUCGAAGUCAUACCAGCGACCAAACAGUGAAAGAUCUGGAGAGACAAAUCGAUGUCCUGAUAGGAAUUUCAUCAUCAUCUAACCCUCUGCAAGGUUUCUCUCCUAAAGAAGUGYUACCUGCAGAAUGUCUGUCCUCAUUAGUUGGUCUUAUUAAUGAAAAUACUGUCCGUCCGGGUCUGCAUAUGAAGGCAAUGGUGUUAUUAUUCAACUUAGCAAGUGAUCAGGACACAAGGAUGUUGUUACAUAAUACAUAUCACCUUACAUCAACACUAGCGGCAUUUCUACACAGACAUCAUGUGACUUGUAAUGAUAAACUGGUUUUACAGUGCUUACAGUUACUACAGAGAAUCACUUACUGCUGUAGRAUCACUACUACUAGUGGAUACUUGGAAGAACUGAUUAGAUUUUUAUUCAAAAACAUACAACUUCCUGAAUCAGACAUGACGGUUCCUUGUCUUGGACUACUGGCCAAUCUUUGCAGACAUAAUAUGUCUGUACAAGCUCACAUUAAAGCUAUGGAAAACAUCAAGGCAUUGUACAGGACCCUGAUUUCAUUUCUAUCCCAUAAUAAYCUCACUGUUAUUAUCUUCUCGUUGUCUAUUUUAACAAGUCUCUCUCUUAAUGAGCAGCUGGGCGAAAAGUUGUUCAAUGCCAAGAAUAUCCACCAAACUUUUCAACUUAUUUUCAAUAUUUUAAUUAAUGGAGAAGGAUCUUUGACCAGGAAGUACUCAGUGGAUUUAUUUGUUGAUUUACUGGAAAGUACCAAGAUACAACAGUCACUGGUCAUCCAUGAACAUCUUCCAUUCUACAUGGAGCAGAUUUUAAUUAUUUUUAGCUCAACAAAUGCAGAAGAAGCAUCCAAGCUUUUUGAACUCCUAUUGACYUUCUGCUCUGUCAGUGGUUUAAGGAACAUUCUUUGCAAGACAUUUAUUUGUUCUGAGGUUGCCAAGGCUAAGGGUGAAGACACUAUCAAUGAAAUGUUCAAUGCAGUCAUCUACUGGGCAAGUCAGCCUGUGGACACCCAUUCAUUGGUGUCAAUCAAUGCUCUUGAUUUCUUAAAGGAGAUGUAUGAGGAGUUAAUAGAUGGUAACCUUAUGAAGAAAGUCUGUACUCGAGUCUCAGUCAUUGUACCACUAUUAAUGGAACUAAUGGCACCACCAAGAGAGAUCGAUGGGUUUAUACUUAAAACAAGGUGUGCAAGAAUCAGCAAGGCGCUAGAUGUUCUCUCUGUUGUAAGCUAUGAAGCAUCUCUCAAGAAGGCAGUAAUAAAACACCUUAAACUGGAGCAGUGCUGGAAAGUGAUUGAAUACCAAUAUCAACAUAAUAAUCUUGGUACUCGUAACUCUGUUGCUACAAGCUGGGGGGAGGAAGGAGUUGAAGUUGUUUUAAAGAUGCUGAACCUUUUGUGUGGUUURAAGGAUACUGUACCUGCAAUCAGUGAUGGUCUGCCYGCAGCAUUACAAGAUCAACGACUUGUACCCUUACUUGCUCAUGGAAUGAACAGUUCUACAAGAGACAAUGUACAAAAAUCACUAAAGAUUCUUAGUGAUGCCUUGGCAUUGCCAGACUUCCAGAUGAUAUGGCUUGGUGAAGUGAUGGCUUCUAACAAUUCUGCUCAUAAAAAUGAACUCAUGUUGCUUCRGARACCAGCUGAYGAUGUCAGUCCUCCUCCAUCACCAACUCGUAAUAGYCACACCAAGUCAUCAAUUGAGUCRCGYGGUCCUGUUGCYAUGGAUACCAGUAGUAACAAGAAGAAUAUUUCAUUACAAAAUAGAAGUAAUAUUGAUGAGGCGAACAUAGAGUCAUUGAUUGACAAGAUGAGAAAUGGUCUUGAGAUCAAAGAUCCUAGAGCAUCUGAAAUAAUGGAUAUAUAUGAAGCUAAGCUUUCUGCAUUACUGCAAUCACAGAGACUUGAGACCAACCAAAGAAGUUUAAUGACUGCGCAAGAUGAAAACAAAGCUUUGUCUGAACUGAGUGAAAUGCUUCGACGACACAACGACAAUUUAAAGAGCCAACAUGACUGUGCAACGAAACAGCUUUUAGAGCUGGAACAAGAACGAAAGAACGUUGUACAACAACUGAAAGAAAGAGAAAAUAAAAUUCACGAUAUUAAGAAAGCACUUCAAAAACAAGAAAGUGAAACGCGUCAGAAAGAGUCUGAAAUAGACGACCUCAGCUCGUCUCUGGAGAAGCUUAGGGCUCAACUGACGAAAAGCGAACAGAAUCGUAAAGACCUCGUGCAUAAGGUAUCAACCCUAGAGGUUCUUGGUCGACAGCACGAAGAAGUCAUAAAAGAACGCGAGAACACGAUCUCUUCACUUCAAAAUGAACUUGAUCGUCAAUCACAGAUUGCUGCAAUGAUACAUAAACUGACCUCUGAACAACAGAACAACAAUAGUAAAGGAUCAGGGAAAUAACAUCCUCACACCACCCUACUGAGUAGAUUAGGGAAGAUGCAGCAAUCUCCCUUGUUCUAAGUUGGGCUCCCAGGGUUGAACUAAAAUUAGUCUAAUAUAUCAAAACCGUUGGUCGUAUACCUGUCAAUCAAUAUAAAAAAAGAAAAGAAAUGUAAAGAAAGAAAGGGACAAAAAUGAGAAAAAUAAGUCAAAAAGUUAAACAGAAACGAAGAAAAGAAAGAAUGAAAUCAAGGCAAAGAAAUACAUGUAGGAAAUAAUGGGAAGAGAAUCUAGUCGCAAAGAAGGGUCGACGCAAUGGAGUCCUUGUCUUAUGAGAGAUUGCGAAAAUAAUUCAGUAAGCUUGCACUUUGCACAACAAAUACAUGAUGGCUGCACGCAAACUUCCAUGCAAAUACUUUUAGAGAUGUAACUAUGAAACAAUUUUCUUGCGAAAUGGGACGCGACUCCUUCAAAUAAUUUAUCUUAAUUUUUAUAUAAUGUA